UUUUCCAUACAUUUCCUUCUUGUUUCGGUCUGAAUCUCUCUCUCUCUCUCUCUACGAAGUCCUCGAGCGACGGCGGCGGCGAUGGGCAAUUGCUGCUCCGACGCCUCCGGAGGACGGGCGGCGGUUGGUGGCGACGCAAAUACUCACGGUAAUCCAGCUGACGGCGGCCCCAACGACGCCGUGGAUCACUACCUCACCUCUCGCGGCUACCGCGGUCUGUUUUCUCAGAUCGAGUUAUCAUUAUGUGCUUCAAACUUGCGCGAUCGGGAUGUGCUUUCCAAGAGUGAUCCUAUGGCAGUUGUUUACACAAAAGGAAGAGAUGGUGCGCUUCAAGAGCUUGGCCGAACUGAAGUAGUAUUAAAUUCAUUGAAUCCCAAGUGGAUCAGAAAGCAUACUGUGACCUAUCAUUUUGAGGUGGUGCAGACUUUGGUGUUUCGUGUGUAUGAUGUUGACACUCAGUUUCACAAUCUAGAUGUAAAGAUGCUUAAGCUGGAUGAGCAGCAAUUUCUUGGUGAGGCUACUUGUACAUUGUCUCAGAUUGUCACCAAAUCAAAUGGGUCAUUGACCUUAGAUCUUGUACGUAAAGAUGAAUCACUCGGAUCAAAACAUCCCAGAAAUUUUGGUGCACUCCUUAUUCAUGCUGAAGAAUCUGUUAGCUCAAAGACUACAACAGAAUUGAUAUUGAGAUGCUCAGAUUUGGAAUCUAGGGAUCUGUUCUCAAAAAGUGACCCUUUCCUGGUAAUAUCAAAAAUUGUGGAAAGUGGGAUACCUAUUCCAAUUUGUAAAACUGAGGUUUUGAAAAAUGAUCUCAAUCCGACAUGGAAACCAGUAUUUUUGAAUGUCCAACAGGUUGGAGGAAAGGACAGUCCGGUAAUUAUAGAGUGUUUUAAUUUCAACAGCAAUGGCAAACACGAUUUAAUUGGAAAAGUUCAGAAAUCACUAGCAGAAUUAGAAAAGCUUCAUUCUGUUGGACAGGGGGAAUGUUUAUUCUUACCAACUUCUGUUGGACAUAAUCAUGAUGACAAGGUCUUAAAGAGUCAUCUAUAUGUAGACAAAUUUCAUGAGAGUGUCAAACAUACAUUCCUGGAUUACUUGUCUGGUGGAUGCCAACUGAAUUUCAUGGUCGCCAUUGAUUUCACAGCUUCAAACGGGAAUCCCCGCCUGCCUGAUUCCUUGCAUUAUAUUGACCCUUCUGGACGGCCAAAUGCAUAUCAGAGAGCAAUCUUAGAGGUUGGAGAGGUAUUGCAGUUUUAUGAUUCAGAUAAGCGCUUUCCUGCAUGGGGUUUUGGGGCCCGGCCAAUUGAUGGCCCAGUUUCUCAUUGUUUUAACUUAAAUGGAAGCAGCAGUUACUGUGAGGUUGAAGGAAUCCAAGGAAUUAUGAUAGCAUAUAAUUCUGCCCUCUUUAAUGUUUCGCUUGCCGGUCCAACCCUUUUUGGACCUGUGAUUAGCACAGCUGCACAGAUAGCCGGCGAGUCUCUUGCAAAUAAUGAACACAAGUACUUCGUUUUGUUAAUAAUCACGGACGGAGUUAUAACAGAUCUCCAAGAAACAAAAGAUGCCCUUGUGAAGGCAUCGGACUUACCGCUGUCAAUCCUUAUUGUUGGAGUUGGAGGAGCAGACUUUAAAGAGAUGGAGAUUUUAGAUGCAGAUAAAGGUGACAAACUUGAAAGUACAACUGGACGUGUUACAUCACGUGAUAUAGUCCAGUUUGUCCCAUUGCGCGAUGCACAGAGUGGAGAGAUCUCUGUUGUUCAAUCACUUCUAGCAGAACUACCUUCCCAAUUUCUAACCUACAUGCGAUCCAGAGAUAUUCUCCCGAAAACCUGAUUAUACAAACAUCUGUAUAUAUGACAAUUUGUUUUUCCAUUAUUGAUUCUCAUGCCAGAUGAUGAGUUCAUCGUUGUUGAGUCUCUGGUGAAAUGCAAACCAUCAAAGGUUUAAAAGGGUAGUUUCUUGUAUCGGCUAUAUCAUUUUCGAGAGCAGAAGUUCAUUUUGUGUAUAGGGGGCUACACAGAUCUUUCUUGUUCAUAAUGGAUAAAUGGAGGUCAAAUCCAGUCCAAACUUGAGUUCAUUUUUUGAGAGUAAGUUGAGUCCAUGUAGUAGGCCAAAAUGUUACUUACAUGACAACUUUCUCAUGAAAAAAUUAAGUUGAAACUGUGCAGUUUGUAUUCCGGAUCCAUGAGCCAAUGAAGAAGUGAUUAGAAACUCAAAUUUUAGUUGAAUUGCAGAAAAAUUAUAUGAUAGCAAACUUGAUGAGCCCAAGGUUUUAGGGUUGGCUGCUAAAUGUGUUAAAUACUUGUUUGGGUAGUUUGUGGAUCUUGAUGAGUACUCAAUUUUUGUUUGAUAUGUGUUUAAUACAUGUUGGAUUAAGGGUAUUUUUGAUAUUUUACAA